CCCUCCUGCACACUAAGAAUGGAAUGGGUGUCCAUACUUAGCGUGCAAUGUCUGUACGCCGAGACACAGACAGACAGACAGACAGACCAUAUAACAUCCUAAUGGUCAGACGGCCAGCUAAGCUUAAGUGUCCAUAUAUGUCCCACUCGUACUCCAAAUACAUACGCCCGCAUACCCAUCAACCAAACUAUCCAUGCCGCACCCCUCACACACCACCCGCCCGCCAUUCAAUCAAUACCCAUUUCCUCUUGUCUUCUUUUUCUUUUUCUUCUUCUGCUUCUUCUUCUUCUUCUUUGCUGCUGCUUGCUUGGCCUUCACUCCCAGCACAGCAGAUGCCUGGCCCUUCCGACCGUCGUGCAGCACAGGCACCACCCGAAAGUAAUAAUAGCCAGUGGAGCAGCCGCCUCCCGUUUUGGCCGCCCCACCCCCACCACACGGGUGGCUGAAGUCGCCCUGGCGUACUGCUUGCAUGGUGUGUUGGUCGAGCGGCCACCGGUGUUCGAAGAGCCGCUUGUUCAGGCGACCGAGGAGCAGUGACGGGGGCGAGGACAGGCCGCCAUACACCUCCCAUUCCUGCAACACCGAUCGGCCAACAGACAGAGAGUGAGACAUAGAUACAUACAUACAUAGAUUCAUGGGUACCUACCUUGACGUUCGUGGCGCCAUUCCAGCUGAAAUGGAGUGCCGCCGGGAUGGGUGUGUCUGUGUCUGCUGCUGCUGGUAGUGGCUCGUUCAUGGUGAGGAGGGGUGGGCGUGUCGGCCGCGACCACCAGACGCCCUUGUAGGUCGAGUAUGCACCGUUGGCUGACGUCAGCUUCAUCUCAAACACCGUUGACCCGUCGGCCGUCACCUGCACAGCACACACAGCACCAUCUGGUGUGUCUCUCUCUGUGCCUGGUGCCUUACCUCUUGGUAGAAUGGUGUCUCUUUGUUUGCGAGGCCUCCCCAGUUUAUGCCCGUGUUGCCGUUUGCAAACCGCUGCACCCACCCCAUUGCAAGGCCGUACGGCCCUCGAUGCUCCCACACCGUCUUGACCGAAUAAGGGAAAUCACCGUCAGAGGUGGUGCUGCUGUUGUGUUUGAUGAUCUUGAGCUCCAGUGCGCGAGAGUAUUUGGGUGUGCUGCCGUCGCCGGGCGGCGGGUUGCGGUUGUCGAACAGAGUGAUGUGCCCGCUUCCCACUGGACACACAGCACAGCACAGCACAGCACAGCACAGCAACCGAUGAGAACUUGGCGUGGCGGUGCGUUCCCCGUGUGUCCUACACAUUCGGACGUGGUGCUGCUCCCUGAAUCUGCUGUCCUCGUCGAUGGCGAAGUCAUUGAACAACCGGUCGGUUGCCGAGCCUGCGCACACGUACAGCACAGCACAGCACAGCAAAGCACAGCACCCCCUCACACACACUCACCUGUGCUGUGCCCAUGAGUCAUCCCGCCCACCUCCCAGCAUCCAGUUAAUUCUGCCGGUGUUGACAUCGACCUCCAAAACGUUCAAAUGCCGCAGCGACACCAGCAGGUUGCCGUCAGGGGUGAACGAGACCGAGUUGAUGUGUGCGACAUCCAUCGGUCCGUUUGGGUUGGCCUUUUGCCGCUCGAUGAGGGCCUCGACUGAGCCCUCGUGCCGGAGAACCAGCUCAGGGAUCGGCCAGGUGUCGGACGCUCGCCUGAAAGAGGAAGAAGAGACAGGACAGACAGAUGGAUCGACACACAACACAGGAAGGGGGGGAAGGGGCUGUACCAUUCCAUGACGAUGUUGUCAUCCUCAUCCAGCACUUGCACAAUGGGCACGUACACCCACACCUCACUCAGCCUGUCAUCGGCCCCACUCGCCCCACCCUUGUUCUCCUUUUCCCUGAGCCACCGACCGACGUCUGUCAGCUGAGUGUCGACGAUGAGGAAGGCCCUUCUCUUGCCGUCAGCCGAGAUGGCAAUAUCGUGCUGGUCUGCUUGGUAGCCGUGUCCCGCCUUGUGUGUCCUGACGCGCUGCAGGUCAUGGUUCAUUUCCACCCACUUGGUGGCCCCACGUCGCUUCCCUUCCCUGAUGCACGGACGCACACAGCCAUGUGUCAGUCAGUCGUGUCUUGUGGCGGCCAGACACACGCGACUUAAUGCCGCCCACCUGUCGGUGACGUUCAGUCUGUCCCUGUAGAUGAGGUUGCCCCUCUGCCCCAUCUCGUCAGUCAGCCGGACGACACGCUGCUUGGCCUGGCUCGUGUGGCGCCGCCAAUAGACCAGCUGCCCGUGCUUGUCGGUUAUGAUCAGAUAUGGCCGCUCGUUGCCGGGCGUGUCGUUGCCGUAUUUGCUGUGGGAGACGACGAGGGUGUUGAACAUGAUAUGGCCCGGUGCGACCUCGGACGACUCUUUGAUGGGCUGAGUGACCUGCCAGUGGGGGAAGGUUGCAGGAAGGUCUCGCUCAGCAUCGUGGGAUAUACCCGUCGAAACGCUUCCUCGUCCUUCGGCCAGCUGCUGCCUUCGAUCUCACAGCCAGCACUGCUGGCUGCAGAAGCGGUGUGGGCGUCCACCAGGGGCGGCUCUUCUGCUUGCUGCUGCUCCUGGUGAGGCUGCCCGGCAGGCUGCUCGGUGCUUGUGGACAGUGAGGGAAAGGCAGAUGGCAUGAAGGGACCGUAGAGAUGCCAUUCAGCUGCGUCCGCGUCAGGACCUUUUCUUCGAUAGUUGGCCUUUGCUUCAGCCCGCCACUCCUCGGCACCGUCAUCGGGAUCAGUAAAUGGGCCGUCAUAUAGCCGCAGCGGGUUGGGAGAGACCCUGAAUUGCCACAUCACCCCACCCAUGGCCGUCCCAUCCUCACCCAAGAUACCACUAGCCACCUUGACAGUCACCGUUUCGCCCGCCUUGAAAAGUCGCAGGGGCGUCCACAGCAGCGUCCGGCCGUCGCGUGUCAGCAGCACUUUGCCGCCCACGAAGCCGCCCUCGUCUGCUCGCACCCGGACCUUGUCUCUGAUGGAUGGCCUCUUCAGUUGAAUCGGUGCUCGCAAUGCGAUGGACGUCUUGGGUGAAACGAGGAUGGCGCGCGGCUUGGGGUGGCGGUAGAUGAAGCCGUCUGCCGCCGACGGCUCUGUCCUCAGGUUGGCCGAGUCAGUCCAGCUUUCCCACUGGGCUUCCGUCAUGUCGCUGGCGUCCUCGACAUCGGCAGGAUCAUCAGCUCCAGCGAGUGCAGCUUCCGAAGAGCGUUGCUCACGGUCUGCCCUCUCCUGGUGCGGUAAUGGCUCGGCCGAGAAGUCUGGCUCGAUGGGAGCGAAGGUGCGUCUGCCGUCAUCAAGGACCUGCUGGCACGGGGAGGGGCCGGUUGCAGCGUCGGGGGGCUGACCGACUGCAGAGAGGGGUAGUGAAAGGAGAAGGACAUGUGCGUAUAUAGACAAGAUGCGAGGACGAUGGAGGGGAGCCAGCGGAUGCGAAUCUUCGUGUCCGCCAAUGCGCACUGAAUUAACUGGACCACGACCUGAUUCAGAUUUGAUGUACUAUUAUUUGAGCGCACGUUUAAUAGUGACCCAUAAUGCAUGCAGCUAGUAGUGACCAGUCCUCUCGGACGGCACACACACGAAGAGGAGUCCAUUGGCGUGCGUGGAGUUCGGGACUCGCGAGUUUUUAGCGAGCGAGGCACGCUCUUAUCCGAAGUUCGUGUUUGUUUGUUCGUAAUUGGGGCCAUCGAGACUUUUUCAUUCGGUACCGUCUUUCUGAUGGGGGCCUCCAUGCGAGCUUGGGGGCUUUGCAUUCACUGGCAUUUCUCCCGACCCCCCGACGGAGGAGGGCAACUCAUGUAUUUGGUGGCUUGUCGGUGUGGUGCCCCCCACUCGAUCUGAUCUGCACACACGUGCACUGCACCAAAGCAUCCAUCGUACGUCCAUAUGGACGUCCAUCCACAUGAUAUGCCCCGUGUGUUGUGUUAUGGGGAGACGGAACUGCAAUCAAUAGGGUCGGUCCACACAAACACAGAUACGUCACUGUCAACCUCACUCACCAUCAUUUCAGUCACUAUUUACAGAAACAGGCAGACGACCCGGAAAGGCAGCAGACGGGC